UCAACAUUUGCAUGCAUCACAGAUGUACAAACGGUAAACAAGUUGAGAAAAAAAAAAGACAGGGGAGAGAACUUCUGCUUACACCAAUUUGUCCUUUACCCCUGUGAAAACGUGUGGGUGUCAAUUGCCGGUUACCGCCCCUACCUACGGAGUUAUUCAUACGUCUGCGGUACAUGUCUCUUACAGCUAUUAUCUGAUGAUGUCGCGGGAAUUAACAUUCACGUUGGGUCUAGCGGUACGUUGAUCUUCUGCCGAGACUGGCUUGGAGGGUUCAUAAUUUAUCAUACUUGUUCUCAUUGCCUUCUGAAAUUAUGUUUUCAUUUAUUGCUGCCUAAAGUGGAAUAAUAGCGAGAGUUUGGUGUUCUUUCUGUACAAAGUUCCAGUCAAGAUUUAUGUGGGCCAGUUGUAUCUUUUUUUUUUUUUGCUUGCACUGGUGUUCAACAACGUGGGGAUAUUCAAUUUCGUAUUUGGAUGACCAGCUGGACGAUAAAUGAGCUUAAAUUAUGUGCAUGCAACGUCUGUUUGUGUUUAGCACUAUAAGUAGCAGACGUCGAGGAAAGACUGAAAAUGUCUGCUGAUCAAAUGUGCCAGUCCUUGUGUAGUUACAGUAGCGCAAUGUUUUCUUAAUGACUUUUUUCAUUAUGAUUUUAAAAUAGUUUGGGUUUUGUUUUUUUUGUGUGUUUUUUUUUUUUAGAGCAAUGACGUUUAUUGAAUUAUUGCUUUCAAAUCUACUGUGUGUGAAUCUACAAAAAGUUUGGAGUCCUAUUUCACUGCAUCUCGUUCUCCAUAGUUUCAUGUUUCCAUUUCAUUAGAAAAUAGAUUUAGGACAGGGACUGAAUAGGGAGUAUUUCAAGUUUUUUUUUAAUUGGCUAGGCGAAUGAAAUAAAACAUUUUCUAUUUAUGGUGCCUUAAACAGAUUUAAGCUAGAACUACUGAGGACAAUUCAAUGACUUUUCUGAAAAACAGACAAUUUUGUUUGUUCCGGAGCACUCAAUGACUUGCUCAUAACUUUUAGAUGAAAUCCUACAAGAUUCUUUCCGCCGGCAUCAAAUCUGUCUUGGAAACACCGGAAGUUAAUAUUAAACAAGAAACCGUGCUUGCAUGCGAACAUUUUUUGCACAGCCCGCAGCAGAGACGCCCCACUUCUGAAUGGGAUCUACCUGAUUCCUGCUACGAUCACAUGCAACUUGAGCGUAGCGUCGACACUGGACCUAGACCUAUGCGCGGCAGUGUUUCAUCGCUGUCUGAUGCAGCAGACGUCGGGCAAUGUGUCUUGGACAGCCUGAUCCUGGAAUGUGACCGUAUAAACGAUAGCCACUUUGAUAUCUUGGAAGGAUACUGCUUUUUAUGGGAGUCUUUCAAGGACGAUGAUAUGUCCCCAACAUCCACAUCCAAUGAGAGCACAAGUACCAGGCUAGCCUCCGCCCCCACCACCACGGACGAAGACGCCAUUUCCAGCAGCAGCAGACAAUGUGACUCGGUCGUUCCCUUCAUGCCUCUCCCCAAAGCCAAAAACAAAUCCUCUAUGGACAGUCCACCGGACGAUGUCGGGGCAUUUUUUGGGCACCCACUUACACGAGCUACAAACGCAUUAAAUGGUGAAGGUCUGGACACCAAUGCUAGUGCGGUGGCCUUGUUACAUGAAUACAUCAACUUACCUCCACUAGAGCGAGAAGAUAUCAAAGGUGAUGACAAGCUGAAUGGGCUUUUGGAAAUCAUCGGCAGCUCUCAGCAUACAGAUCCACCGAUGUCAACAGCGACAGAAGUGAAUGUAAGCCCUUUGCCUACAUCGGUAGUGGUGGCACCGGAACCAGGUGCUCAGGAGAUCCUCACGACUCUGGAGGAUGAGGUGGAGUCAGUGUCUGAUGGCGACUAUCUCUUCCCCGAGUAUAACCUGAACAAGUAUCUCCUGUGCGGGAAUCAGGCCGAUAGCCCAACAGAUGGGAAAGAGCUUACCAACGUUGGCUCACGUUGCACGACGCGGUCUAAGUCUACUAAAGACAUGAAUGAGGUCAGGGGAUCGGCUCUUCAAAAGAAGGUUGUGGGCAGGAGGGCCCCUCGGAGGUCGAGGGCUAAAACAGAUGUCGUCACAAGUACAACAAGCUGUGUGACGACACCGCUUGGAUCGGAGGGAGCGCUGACGUUGAGGGACCCCUCCGCAUCUGGUCACCAGCAGUUGGUGGGGGCUGGGGACUUCACCAAGUACACUCAUCAAUUUGAAACUAAAGGGGCGGUCGUUAAAAAGGAGGAGGAGGUAGCGGUGGUGACCAAUGCUGGGGAUGAGCAAGGGAGCUCCACCCCAACCCCUGCGUCCCCAUAUGUAGUCACCACGCACGGCGGCCUGAGUUCCGAGCCUCAGUUACUUUUCAGCAGCGCCACUGACUUGCCACAAACAGCUCUGCUGCAUCACCCAGACCACAUUGUAGAGCUUGAUCAUCUGUCAUCUGACUCCCAUCUUCUGACUGUCGUCGCUCACCCUUCAGCAUCUCGAACUUCCGGUUCUCCUUCUGACCUUGUGAGCACCACAGCACCUGUCUCAACGCCCUCAUCGCCAAGUGGUGAGCAGCAUCUCACAACUACGUACACCAGCGGCGAUCCCAAAAAGAAAGACGGGUCAGACAAUGGCCUCCCAUACGACCAACUGAUCAAAGAAAACAAUUUUCUUAAGAGAGCGUUGUCCGAGAAAAUUCGUUCCCGUCAGUCCACAGAGGAAACAGCCAACGCCAUGCCGGCCCACAGCUUGCAGUUUUUAACGGACGACGUCCACGGAUCGGUUCUGGAGCCGAAGUUCGCCCCAAUGGCUUCCAUCAAGCAGGAGCAUCAGUCGUACAUGAAUUAUGUUGACCCCCAAUUUUACGACUCUGAGAUGAUUGGUGGUCAAUUGACGUCUCUCGGAAACGGGAUGGCUAUGAACUCAUGCGCAAACGCUGGCCACGGCAUGGUCUCCAUCACCAUGGCAACCUGCGAAGAUGCAAUGUCCGGCAAUGACUCUCACAACAUGAAUGGACUGGCGAACGGGGCCGUGCAUUCCCUGUACGGGAGUGCCCUCGAUCACCACGACCACAGGCACCCACAACAUCUCUCCCAAGCUGACCAAGGGCUCCACGACGCCAUGAUCGUACAGUCUGCCGGACAGUAUUUCCAAGUCCUUCAGCCCCUUCAGCCGAUGGAGACUCACCAACCCCUGGAAUCUCAAGUGUCGAGCACUAACCAGUCCGUCACUAGCAAUGUAUCAAACAAUUAUUACAACUCCUAUAUGUACCCCCGGGGCGCCGAGUCGGAUAAACACGUGGUUUUGGAGUGCUACCCCCCACAGACUAAAUAUCAGAAUAGCCACUUUCAGAACUUUUUGACUACAGACAGCUACAAUAUGAAGUCACCGGACAGUGGCUACCACGAACCCUGUCUAUCUCCUGGCAGUAUGCUGAAAGAAAGUGCACUCAGUGGCACCGCAGAGAAUAUAUUCAAAGACAAACCAAAGAAGAAGAAAUCACCAGGAAGCGGGGCUCCAACAGGGCCUCUCUUAAGACAGUAUUCCAGUUCCGGUUCCGACAAAAUGAACCCAAAGUCUCCUGCUAUUCCAAAACUAGAAGUGAACGCCACUGGUUACAGCUACUUCUUGGAGACGCCCAUUUCCACAACACAAAGGAAAGAUGAAGACAAAGUGACAUACCUGAACAAAAGUCAAUACUACGGUCUGACAUUAAACUUUGACAGUCAAGAGCGCUUUAUAAAGUGUGCAGUUGUCAAGUCAGUCAUCAUUUUGGCAUUUCGAGAGGAGAAAACCAUGGAGGAAGAGAGAAAGGCCUGGGAGUUCUGGCAUGGGAGACAACAUAGCUACAAACAGAGAAUUUUAGAUAUAGAUACUAAAAACUGUCAAGGCGUGUUACCUCAUAAUAUUGAAGAAAUUGCUUUUAAUGCUGUAGCUGUUAGAUGGAAUCCAAUGGAAGGACCAGUCAGAGUAAACAUUGCUGUACAUUGUUUGAGUACAGAUUUCAGCAACCAAAAGGGAGUUAAGGGCAUUCCGCUCCAUGUUCAAAUAGAUACUUAUGAACAGAGCCCAAAAGACAACCAUUUGGUUCAUAGAGGUUACUGUCAGAUCAAGGCAUUUUGUGACAAGGGGGCUGAGAGAAAAACUCGAGAUGAAGAACGUAGACGAGUGGCAAAAAAUAAACCUGAAGAUUUUGGAACUUCUGGCACCAAAAGUAAAGGUCGAAAGAAAGCUGAGGAAGCAUUCCAUGAUCCUUGUGACCGCUCAGAGUUUUACUCAAUGGCAGACAUGACCACACCUCCUGUAUUUUUCAAUCCCCUUCAUGAGACAGCAGAGUUUAUUCAUAAGUCUAUCACACUGGGUGUAGUCCCAACACAAGAAGAGGAAAUUUCUAGUCUACCGACAAGCCUUGAGUUACCCGACUCAUGUGAUGACUAUUAUACCAGCAGUCCAGCAAAAAGACCAAGAAGAGAUUCAAUAAAUGUGCCAAAAGAUGCACCGAAAGUUCUCUUGUAUGUACGAGAACAUCAUGAGGAAGUCUACACAGCUUUGAUGCUAGAGAUUCCAACACUUCAUGGACUUUUAAAAUCUAUUGAACAAAAAUACUCCAUCUCACCUUCAAGAGUUAAAAAUUUGUACAAAAAAUCAAGAAAAGGGAUCCUUGUCAGAUUGGAUGAUAAUAUUGUCCGACAUUAUUCACACGAGUCAACGUUCAUCAUAGAGAAGAAUUUAAUCAAUGAUGACAAAGAUUAUGAAAUUAUUCUGGUAGAAAUUGACCCUCCGACUACGUAGAGAAAAGAUAUGACUAAGAAGCAAAAAAAACUCUGAAGCAGCUAAUCUCAACAAUUUGAUGACAAUGGUUGCAAUGAUUAACAUUUGUUAUAGAAAAACUUAGGUUUCAGUAUGAGAAGAUUGGUUCAGAAGUAAACAGAACAGAAACAAUUUUGUGGUAAACAGAUUAAAUCAUCUUAAAGUGCAGUAUAAACAGCAGUCUCAUUAGUUUAAAGCUGUUGAAACACAAUGGUAUGCCUUACUAAGGAUAAGUGCCAUUUUACAGCUAUUGAAAUAAUACAUAUGUCAUGAUCACUGCAAUAAUUUCACUACUUGCUUCUUGCAUUAAUAGUUUGUUGUUUUUUUUUGGGUGGGGGGACAUAAUUCCUAUGUGUGCUACUAUUUGAAUUAGAGAUUUAUCUGGCAAUUUCAUGAGCACAGUUUAGGAUUAUCAAUAGGAUAUGGUGUGAAAUAGUAUUAUAAAUCCAGAACAACACUUUAAAGAAUUGACUGAGUCUUGAGACCAGUCUUCAAAAGUCUUCAUGCCCAUACUUUUUGGACACAUCAUGCAAGUUCUCCAACACUGGUUCUUUGGUCCUAAAUUAAUGGCCAAAUAAUUCUGUACUACUUUAUACAAUAAAGUAGACAUACAAUAAAGAACAUGUUAAAUCAUUAAAUGAUGGUAACAAAAAAAUGUGACAUAGGUCAAAGAUCACUGAAGACUAAAAAAGAAAAAAAAGCCAUAAAAAAUGACAUGAAAAGCUUGAAAUCAUCAUUGUGUAAGAGGACAUAUAACAAGUAGAAGAAAUUCAUUCACUCUGUGCCAACAAUGUAGUAUAUAAGAAUAUAUAUUUCAGUUUAUGCUCUGGUUUGUAUAUUUAACAUUCAUUGUAUUUGAGUUUGUAUAUGUAUGAUUCAUUAAGGUCAAGUCAAUGUAGCUAACAGUUUGUGUAUCUUAUAUUCAUUGUGGUUCACUUCCUGUAUCUAGUGGUACAAAAACAUUAUACUUUGCUAAAUACUUUUCCCACUUCUUUGUCUCAUUGCAUUGUUAGCUAGGGAUCCAUCAAAUAUUAGGAACUACUUGAUGGCGGAAACCUGGGGAAGUUUCAUAGUUCAAGUUUCGAGAAGUGCAUGUAUGUGGUAUGAUUGGUGUGUGUGAUUUGUUUGAUGUGUAGGUCCUUAAAGUGUGUGAUGUGAUUGAUGUGUGUGAUUUGUUUGAUGUGUAUAUGUUGGGGGUUUGAUGUGUGUGAUGUGUCUACAUUUUGCCUUGUAAUGCUUUUUUUCAUGUCAUUUGUUAUACUUUAGUUAAAUAACAACAAAAAAAAAGAAAAAAAUAUAUUUACUUAAAUCACAUACACAUUUUGUUAUUUGUAAUUUACAUUCUACUACAUGUUGCAAUAAUAUACAAAUGCAACUAUAUGCAAAUAUAUGCAAAAAUAUUUGUACAUAUGAAAGAAAAGUAAUAACCAGGUCUUAUAUUUCUUUAUUUCCUUGCUAUAUGUAUGAUAUGAGAAUGUACAAAAAUUAUAAUUUUCUUAUUAAAUAAAUAUUUUUUUUUACAUUUGGUAUUACUGAAUACAAAACUAAACAUUCCUAAGUAUAACAACUAAAUUAUGAUGACUGACAAACUCUUAUUAAGUGUUCAUUUGCAUAGACAUAUACUAUUAGAAGACACUUUUUAAUCUCUAGACUAUAAUAGUAAAUAUAUUUUUUUCAGUGUAACAUAUGACUGGACACUUUUGUAGAUUGUUGAAGUAUCAUUUGCGCACUUUAAACAUUCCACCAAUAAUGUUUACACUUUGUUUUUCUAAUUUGUCUUCAUUGCUUACUAAAUCUGUAUUAAAACCAAAGAAAAUUGUGUCUUUAAAAGAGGAGAUAACUGAGACUGAUACAUAUUACACGAAUUAAAACUAUUAAAUGAGUAGUUCCCCUUUCCAACUCAUUCUCCAGUUUCCAAAAGUGUAAAAUGCAAAAUAAAAUAGUAGAUGUAAUUUAGUAUGAUAGAUUUAAAUAAUACCUAUUUGAUAUCUUGAGCUGUGUGAAGCAAAAUUCCUUAUUACAAAACAAAGAUGUUUCAAAAGAAACUUUGAUUUCUAUAAAACGAAUUCGAUAUAAAUGAAAUUUCUAGGUUGUAUAAAACCUUUGUUUAAAUAUAUGCCGUUAUUAAUGUCAUUGUGAUUAUAUCAGCCAUGCCACAUUGAAGACAUAUUUAUCUUUUAUAUCUGUAUUUCAAUGACUCAAAGUCUAAGUUACACGUAGUUGUAUCUAUAAUUGUUUGGAACACUUAAGUAAUGCGAUGCUCUAUCAAACACCUAGAUGUGACCUUCUGUUUAUUAAAUAGCUUCAGUGAAGCGUGACACGUUGUUUCAUUGGAUAGUAUUGGCUGACGUAGAUGUGUAUUUUUUUCCCUAUAGUCUUUUCUAAAACUACCAACCACCUUCUCUAUCUAUAAAGCCCACUGUUCAUGAUGUACAUAUAAAAUGUAAAUAGAUUCUUUGUGUCUGUGGUGACUUAACAAAUAUCAUUAUGUAUACUACAGUUGCAAUUAGAUCACAAUCUCUAUUUGUCCAAUAUACAUUUAAAGAUACAAGUUUUCCUAUAUUGUUUAAGCAGUUUAUAUUAUAAUGAUUAUAUAUAUAUAUAUAUAUAUAUAUAUAUAUAUAUAUGUAUAGACAUAUACAAUGUAUUUCCAGGGUAGUGUUAACAAUAGUUAGCAGAGACCAGGGUAAAAAAAUGUUUUUUUCAAAGUGUAUUUAUAAAGUAUUUGUUGUUGAAAUGAAAAACUGCUGAAAUUACAUUCCAAACAAAAUGAAGUUAUUAGUAAAUUGCCUAUUUAUGAAGUUUGGUAAUCACUUGUUUGUGUGUGUGUGUGUGCGCGUGUGUUUUGUUUCAUGCCUGUGAUUAAGGUUGUGUCUUUCUUAAGAGAUGCAUCUAGAGUCUGCUGUGACGUCAUACUCCUGAUAUAUAGCUUUGCUGCUACAGAAUCUAUAAAUAGUUCCGCUUCUGAGCCAAAAAUUGAGCAAGUUCUGUGAAUAUAUAUAUACAUAGAGAGAUCUACUUGAAUGCAUUCCUCUAUAUUAUAUAUAUAUAUAUAUAUAUAUAUAUAUAUAUAUAUAUAUAUAUAUAUAUAUAUAUAUAUAUAUAUAUAUAUAUAUGUAUACUUUUAUUAUUGAGUCAUAUCAAAGUAUAUUUACACUAAAAUAUUCUGUGUAUACAACAAAAUGACUAAUUAUAUAAUUUCUAAAUCUAAAUUCAACUACUCAAAAAAAUGGAGACAAAAAAAAAAUGCCAAAACGUGUUGUAUUAAUUGUCUUAAAAUUGAAAUGUUGUUUUGUUACUAGAUUUAUUUAUGUGCAUUGUAUUACUUAAAGCCAAUAUGCAUUUGUUUCAAUUUGUAAGGUCUCUACUUUUGAGUUUGUAAGUAUCUGCAGUUUGGCGGUAGAUUAUUUUCAAGAGAUUUUUCUUUUGUUAAGUAACCUACAUGACCUAAUCUGUUGGAGGAAUAUUUUCAAUUGUGUUUUCUAUACAAAUAUUUACGUUUUUUUUUUGUUUUUCCUAUCAUCAUUAUACAUUAAAACUGAUUGUUUCGUUCAUA